UUGAAUUAGAACCACUUGAUAUGUUGGGACUAUGGGUCCUUCUGAAGCCUGUUAUUGUAGCAUAUCUUGUAGCUUGCACUGCUGCCUUGCAACUCUCUGAUGCAGGCGUCACUGAUUGGUAUAAACCGAUAGUUGGAGUACCCCUCGCCCACUCCCCCAAUCUCAUCCCUCGCUUCGUCGAAAAUGCGCCUUCCAUUGCUUCGAGUGUCCUCCUGGCAUCCGAAAAGAACAUCCUUGCAUCUCUCAGCUCAGUUGAUGGGAGCAUAGAAUGGCGGAGUCUGUUUGACUACUCCGAACCCAUUAUCAAUCUCCAGCUCUGUCAGAAUCGCCUCGUCUUUUUAUCAGGAGCAGGAGGUGCAACUAUUCGCUCAAUGGAAGCCAACAAUGGAACUUUUCUUUGGGAACGUCCACUACACGAUACCUCUCAGGAACACCCCUUUACCGGGCCAUUGGAUGCUGGUGCUGGUUUGCUCUUCCUUGACGGUGAUUCCUCCCACGAUGUUAUUGUGUUGAGCAAUUCUGUCGAUGUCCGCCGCCUUGAUGGCAGUACUGGUGCCCUCAAAUGGCAUUGGAAAGCACCAGAGGAAUCAUCACUGAAUUUGCAUUGGCAACUUGCAGUAUCUGAAUCGAGCAUCUAUGUCAUAUCCCUCACCAAAUCGUUCGCUUCCCACACUCUUCAUCUCACUAUUUUGGAUUCCAUGUCUGGUCGUCAAAUUGGCUCCCGUCAUGUGCCAUCAUCGCUAGAAGCAGGGCUCAACGAUGUGGUUGUCAUGAAGUCCCCAUUAUCAUCAUCUCCGCGUCUCUUGUGGCUUGAGUCUGAUGGCGUGAUAAAAAGCUUGGACCUUUCCUCGAGUGGAAUAUUAGCGAAGCCCUCUCCCGUUAAGGCCGCUAAGGCUAUUUCCCGGAUCAUAGACGUGGGCCAAAGCUACAAAGGCUACAUUCUCGCCGAGGCAAACGACAGAACGACUGUCAUUCUUAGAUAUGACGCGGCCGGGUCCAUUUCAUCCCUCCCCAUCCCUAGUCUGGAUUCUUCUGUGUCAUUCGCAAGAUCUCUGUAUGCCUUAGCAUCGAAGUCCGAUGGAAACAUCUCAUUAUUGCAUGUCUCGAAAGCAGAGGAGGGUGAUACAGUAGUUGCGUAUGUGUACGAUGCCCCCAGCAUGAUCCUGGUUAAGAGCUAUGAGGUCGUAUUUGAUCACAGUUUGUACGGGGACAUUGAGAGCGCGACGUUUCACUGGACCAACGAAGGCAUCUUUGAACUUCUCCUUGUCUCGUCGACAGGGUCUCUUCGACUGUGGAAACAGGCGGAAGCGAUCCACGUGAGUACUGAAACAAAGGAUCAGCUGGCACUUGUAUGGUCGCGUGAGGAAAGCUUGGGUAGCAUUGUGCGGACUGAGAUAGUGGAUUUGCCAGAGAAACAAGUGCAUCAAUCACAUGUCGCCGCAAACGAGCCAUUCAUCAACAAGGUGGUCAGACACGCCACAGAGUUGCAGAAUCUUCCCGCAUACGUUUACCAUUUCGCCCUCAGAUUCUCGACGGGCAGAUACGAAACGUUCUCAUCAAUAACAGCUCCUACAGAUUCCAACCUAGAUGAACUGUACCGUGAUGCUUUCGGGUUCCGUAAGGUUAUAAUCGCUAUCACCAGCCUUGGAACGGUUUAUGGCCUGGACAGUCGGGGUGGUGACGUCCUCUGGAGGCGUUACCUGGGCCCUAUACUUCAACCCCGACCCUUCAUGACUCGCACUGUCUGGGACGGGGAAGGAGCAACUCCCCCUGAGCUGCUGAUUGUGGCUCGCGAGAAGCUGACGCUGGCAACAGUGGUGUGGCGACUGAAUGCACUGACAGGAGAGGGAGAACAACAAUCUUUAGAACUGCCUGGGUUCGGUAGUCAUGACCUCGUGUUUCAUAAGGGAACCAACAGAUCCCUCCUUGUUAGCGUCAGCACAGACUUCAAGAUAUCUAUUCACCCCGUCGACGACUUAGAAUCCCGAGUACCUCCACCUGAAAGACUGCAUCUCCUGGUGGGAAACUACACGGGCAAUCAACGGAUCUCCGGGUACUCCAUUGGCGAAUCCUCAAGAUCGUCCCUUACAUGGACGUACCACAUUCCCUCCUCCGAAGUGCUCAGGUACACGUUCGUUUCCUCAUCUCGAGGCCACCCUAUCGCAUCGUACGGGAAAGUCUUGGCUGAUCGUAGUACCCUAUACAAGUAUCUGAACCCUCAUAUUGUGGGCAUCGUUACGACUUCGAGGGCCGUGAGCGCGGAAUCGAUUUAUCUCAUCGAUUCCGUCUCUGGUGCGGUCUUAUACCACGCAGUCAUUCGCGCCGCUCAAGGUUCACUGAAAGCCAUCCUUACUGAGAACUGGCUCGUUUACACAUACUCCCUCCAUUCCGAUGUCCAAGAUGCUCCCUUCGAUAGCAGAGGAGAGCAAAUUGUGACAGUCGAGCUUUACGAGGGCAAAGAUGUGAAUGAGAAGACAAGCAGCCCAGAUGCCUCAAGCUUCACUUAUGAUCCUCAGCUAUUACACGUCAUCCAAAACUCAUUCGUUCUUCCUCAAGGAGUUGCCGCUUUGGGAAUGACUGCGACCAAAUACGGGAUCUCAGCUAAGGACUUGAUCGUUGCCACUACUAAACACCAAAUUUUAUCUGUCUCUCGACGUGUGCUGGAUCCUCGCCGACAUAAAAACAAGCCCUCGUCUGCUGAUACCGAAGAGGAUCUUAUUCCCUAUGAUACUGUGAUUCCCGAUGAUCAUAAACGAGUGCUUUCACAUCAUCACGAGGUACUGGGCAUACGCAACAUCGUCGCCUCCCCUGCACUCUUGGAGUCGACAUCUCUGAUUUUUGCGUACGGUCAUGACCUCUUCUUUACUCGUUUGGCCCCAUCGAAUACCUUCGAUGUGUUGAACAAAUCUUUUAACAAAGUACAGCUUAUCUUUACCAUUGCUGGGCUCAUAAUUGCGAUCUUAGUUACUAAGCCACUCGUAGAACGUAAACAACUCAGAGAACGGUGGUAUUCGUAGCAAUUCCUCUAUAGGCGUAAUCAUAAGUAAAUUACACCCACUGUCGGAUUUCUGGCGUUUGCAGUAAUAAUAAUAACUCUAGUUCA